ACACUAUCAGUCUAUUCUUAAUGACAUCUACCGUCCUACCGAACCGAAUUGAAAUUUGAAAUUGAAAUAGCCCAAACCAAGCCUCAAUCAAGCCUGUUCUGUAUUAAAUUGUUUGUCAUCAACCAACAUUGGCAAUCAGUAAUGGCAUCAGGCAUAUUGGCAUUGGCCUGGUAUUAAGGUUAGGUAGGUAAACUAGAACCUAACCUAAGCGUGUCCUAUCAUUCCUACCUCAAUAAGUCGGUGUUCUUUGCAAAGAAAACUGAGAUUACACAAUCCAGUCAACAGUGAUUACAGAAAUACAACUAAAUAAUGGCAGAGUUGGAAAACUGUACACUAAAGAACAUCACAUCAUCUCUGCAAAGGAUUGUAGAGUGUCCAGUAUGUCUGGACACCAUCCAAAUUCCAUUUAAGACAUGCAGCAGAGGUCAUGGGGUUUGCAACAGCUGUUGCGAGAAGUUAAAUGACUGCCCGACAUGUGAAGCUCCUUUUACAACAGAGAAUCCUGUGUGUUUAAAAAACAUUCUGGAAGCCAUACCUCGUCAUUGCAAGUACCAUGGAGAUGGUUGUGAAGACAUUCUAACGCCCGGAAGUGACCAUGAGGAAUUCUGUGGUUUCAGACCUGCGGAGUGUAGGUACCACAAUUGCAACACUGUGAUUCCUUUGAUAAAGCUGGUGGAUCACUAUGAGAAAGAGCAUUGUGGCUCACUUCAUAAGUACACAGCUAAUUCAUCUAAAUCUAUGAUUUGGAAAGAGUUUAAACCUGAGAAAUACCGUAAUAGUGUUCUCCUUAUCCUCGUGUUUGAUAAUAUAUUCUGGUUUACCCAAACUAAUCAUGUAAACCAGAAAUAUUUGGAAUUCACCUUUGAAGCAACCCCGAUUGGAAAGUUAAAAAACGAAUAUUUUGUAAAAGUAAAGAGUGAAAAAAAUAAGUUUUCAUUUGUAUCUACAUUAAAGGCUUCUGUCGUGAAGUGUUACGAAGAACAGGAAGAAGAAAGGAAGAAGAAGAGGAAGAUAUGUUACUCAGAUGUUAAAGAAAAUUGCAUGAGAAUUCCACAGAGCGCCUUAUAUAAUGUUUUGCAUGAAGGCAAUCUCCAAUAUGAGUUUACGUUUUUUGAAUGCUAAAAGUAAAAUGUCCUAAGGUACAUUUAAAUGAAGUUAAAGUUACAUGAAACUUGUUCAAAUUGUGUGGCAAUUAAAUUUUGUGUAUGAAGCUUAGAAAUGUUUGGUUUUCGUCCCUCAGCUGGGUAGAAUCAGCCUCUUUAAUAAGUAAAAACUUGAAUAAUCUAUUAUGUUAUGUAUUUUAUUAGAUUUUUCACUUGAUCACUGCUAACGUCAGUAUGUCAGCAGGUAUAUAAAUAUAUUGUAUAUAUAUAUAGCCUAUAUAUAUUUAUGUAAUAUAUUUCCAUUUACAAUUUAUAGGAAACAAUUGAUUCAUUUAGA